CAACGUUCCAGGGAUGGAGGAUGACUCCAUCGCUCUCCAGAUUACUCGUAGUAAAAAGCACGUUCUUUACGAACUGGAUACGAAUCCCUCAUUUCAGCACUGGCGAUUGCAAUAAUUCACUUUGAAUUUAUUUGAUGGCUCUUGAUUGGCGGAUGUAUCAUCUGGGCAGGCUGUGCUGCUCUGGCUGGGUGGAUGAGAGGCCGCAUGAUUUAAGUGAAGUCCCAAAAUGUUGGUCAGUGGUUGAUGAAUCAGUUAAAGAAUGCAAGAUUGUUUCUGGCCAGUGUGUUCUGGUGUUUCAAGGGGUCCACAUGCGUAUGAUUUACUGUAUACAAUCAGUAGGAGUAGUCCACCACGUCAGGACACUGAUAUCGCUCCCGGAUUGAAAAAAGUGUCCAAGCGGAGCCUUUCGGCCUUUAUCUCGCUGGAGGAGAUGCAGGGUCAAACAUACAAGUUCGGUACAGUGGUGUAGCUCCUAGCUAGCUGGAAACAGCACUGCCCAGCACAGGGGAGGAUCUUCUGGGCACUCUUGCUGCUUGCAGGAUCUCUUGCUAGUGAGGCCUCUUUGUAUGAUCAUAAAAAUACUUUCUCACCCACAAUCAAUCAAGCUAAAAGAAUGGAGCAACAACUAGUAAUCAACGUGAACAUUUGCGGUGACGGCAACGUCGACACUCGAGAAGCCGUGGUGAAAGCUCUGGAGAGUGUUGAUCUUCGGGCCGCUGUGAGUGCGAGACUGUUGAGCAAUCCCAGUGACUAUCUUCCGCAACAACCCGGCCGUCGCGCGUCGGUAGCUCCGGCUCAGUGUGGCUAUCCUUACCAUCAUCAUGAAGCUCCUGCUCCCAACACGUACUGGCAAGCACCUCUUCCCAAGGCGACUCAUCGACCCCGUUCUCGCUCCUCCAACGACCUUGCUGGUCUUGUCAUUGAGAUCCAAAAGCAAGACCGCGACGAUGAUGCUAGUACCAUUGCUACCAGCGCCACCAGUGCCUUUCGCCGCAGUCGGUCUUCCAAUGACCUAAGAAGUCUCACCAGUCUCACUAUGGGAAAGACUCCCAGUCGAGGCAACAUCAAGGAAGAAGCCCUCGCAAACAUGAAUAACCCUGGCCCUAACAGUCGCUUCAGCCGGGACAACCGGUCUGGAACGGGGCGCCGCUCUCGAUCUGCCAACAGCCUUCGAAGCAUCAGUGGCAGAGUGCCACUCACUCGAGAACAGCUUCAGAUGCAUCCUUCCGUUACCACACGCACCAGCCGCACCGUGCCCGCAGAAGACACGGUUCCCCCGCCUUUGAUGUCAGCGAAGCGUCGUGGGUCCACGGGCACGCUCCAGCAGAGCCUCGUCUCGGACGUGACUACACCCACGACCGCCUGUCGUUGGAACGCCAACAGUCACAUGUUGCCCUCGCAGUGUUGUUCAUCCGCCGAAGAGAGCGACGGUGGACACGGCAGUGGUGCCGACAGUGACAGUCGCGUCUACAAGACUGCACAAGGCAAACGCCGUCGGGAACGCACGCGGCAAAACCGAGAUGCCCAAGGACGACCCGUUCGCAGUCGAUCGGCCAAUGGUCUUCGACGAACCGUCAACAGCUUUCCCGUCCACCAAUCCAGCAAGCCCGAUAACUGGGUUCCCGAAGUCGUCGCACAGGCGCCGCAGCAGCAGCCUGUUGGACGAUACAGUCGCUCCAGUGCACUCAAGGAGUCGUCGGACGCGGGCAGUGUCGUCUCGGCCGGUUCCGCCAGUCUCAUCGUGCCUCCCAACAUGCCGCAACGAAUGGGAAGCCUCACGGAGACGGAUGUGGAGCGAGUCCACGAACGGCAAAAGCGACGAUCGCGCAGUCGUCAACGUUCCUUGACUCGCAAUCUGUCGGCCAAUGGCUCCGAAGCAAUGCAGCAGGAAACUACUAAACCCGCCCCCCAGAUUCGUCGCACCCUGUCGAGUGGCAACUCGGUCGUUUCCGAACUCACAACUCCCCCCGCAAGGCCACAACGCAUGCCAAGUCGCAACGAAGAAGACGAUCGUGGUAUGCUUCUUUCCAAGGCAAACAACAGAAAGCCACAGCCGAUCAAGUCGACCAUUCGUCGCAAUCGAUCGGCCAGUGACCUCAUGAGCGCCUGCUCCGUCCCGGCCCAUGUCGGUAGCAACCCCGAGAAGCAGCCUGUGACACAACGCCGUCGCAAGUCGUUUGGAGAAGGCGACUUGCAGAAGCAAAUGAUGCAACGCAAGCGAGAAAGCUUGGAUUCCUCUUACACGGACCUCUUUGGAGGAUUCCGAGACCGUCCAUCGUGCAAACCGUCGCGUCGUGGAAGCAAGGAUUUCCAGUCCACUUCGGGUCGAACCGAGACGACUCGUUCGUACUACGGUGAUCUCUUCUUGGCGGAGGAAGAAGAAGAAGAGGCACACGGUCCUGAACAUGACGAAGACCACUACAGUGAUUCGGACGACGACUCGGAUAGCGAUUCUGAAGAAGAAGAUGAAUCGGAAUCAUCCUCUAUCGAGGAGGCGGAAGAACUCGUCGCGCCUCCGAGUGUCUAUCCCAUCAAGAGAGCAUCUUGCGAGUCCAUUGGUUCCGUCCACUCCAUGGCUCCUUGGUCCUGUAUGUGCGGUGAGGUCAACGAAGCUGACGCCAACUUUUGUGGAAUGUGCGCGCGAUACAAAAAGUGGACCUGCACCGAGUGUUACUUUGCCAACAACAAGUGCCGGGCCAUCUUCUGCGGUGGAUGUGCCAAGCAGAGGUCUGCCAUGGCAUAGCUUCUUUACCAACAAUGGACUGAUCCUUGUUGUUCUAAUACAAAACAUUAUAAAGACAAGUCUUGCCUC